UCAGAGAUAUGAAGUGCACCACCGAUGCAUCUCUUUCUGGAUAUUCUGGAUACUAUGGCGAUGUCAAAACAGAGAUAGAUAAUGCCAGACAGUGUGAGAACACAGGACAAGAGUGUGGUACCUUAAAUGAGCUUACUACAAAUGCAUGCAUGGGAGUUCAAAUUGGUGAGCAAUAUCCAUACUCCCCAUAUGGAAACAUAAAUCUGCCUGAGGAGAAGAAAUUGAUGCCAGAUAACAACGGGGUCAAUUUUCAAGGCAAUAAUCCGAUCGAUUACCAAAUUGCUGGUCAUUUUGAUUUGCCCCGGUCUAUUUAUGAUACAAGGCCUCAACCAUGGAUUCCUACUGCUUUGCCAUGUCCAAUUCCUAUGUUUAAUGAAAAUUCAUACCCAGAGGUUCUUGUUAAAAGAGUUUCAUUAAUGCUUUUAUUGGUGUACGAUAUUGCCGUCUUAAGAAUUGUCUUGGAGCUCAAAUUCUGUCAUAUGGCUUUCCGGUUUGUCUUCAUAAAAUUCCCUUGUAUAAUAUAAUCCUUUCUCCUGAAAAUCAAGCCUCUCUAUCUGUUUAUGGAAGUGCAAGAAAUGUCGCUU